UCCGGCUCCGGCGCCGCCGCCUACCUUGCUUCCGAUCGAUGCUCGCACGAUGGGUACUAACACAACUCCCGUAGCCGCCAUUGCUCCCCGCACCCACAGGCACCUCGUCAUCACGUUCGAGCUCAGGCAAACCAUGCUGCGGCUGCUCGCCGCCGCCGCCGUCACGGUGCUGAUCGGGCCGGCAGCCGACCCGCGCGGCGGGGCCGUCGUCGUCGCGAGCCCGCCGGCGGACCCCGUGCAGUGCUCGUCGUCCGGCGGCGGCGGCGGCUGCACCGUGUCCAGCGCCUACGGCGUGUUCCCGGACCGCUCCACGUGCCGCGCCGCGGCGGCGGCGUACCCGGCCACGGAGGCCGAGCUGGUGCGCGCCGUGGCGCGCGCCGCGGCGUCCGGGACCAAGGUGAAGGUGGCCACCCGGUACUCCCACAGCAUCCCGCCGCUGGCGUGCCCCGGGAGCGGCGGCGGGGAGGGGCUCGUCAUCAGCACGCGGCGGCUGGACCGCGUGGUGUCCGCGGACGCCGCGAGCGGGAGAAUGACGGUGGAGGCCGGCGUCACGCUGCGGGACCUCGUCGCGGAGGCCGCCAGGGCCGGGCUCGCGCUGCCCUACGCGCCCUACUGGUGGGGGCUCACGGUGGGCGGCAUGCUCGCCACGGGCGCGCACGGGAGCUCGCUCUGGGGGAAGGGCAGCGCUGUGCACGAGUACGUCGUCGGGAUGCGCGUCGUCACGCCGGCGCCAGCCGAGGAGGGGUACGCCAAGGUGCGCGUGCUCGCCGAGGGCGACCCGGAGCUGGACGCCGCCAAGGUCUCGCUCGGCGUCCUCGGCGUCAUCUCUCAGGUGACGCUGGCGCUGCAACCUCUGUUCAAGCGCUCGGUGACGUUCACCGAGCGCGACGACGGCGACCUGGAGGAGCAGCUGGCCAAGUUCGGUUACCAGCACGAGUUCGCGGACAUCGCGUGGUACCCUGGCCACGGCCGGGCGUUGUACCGCGUCGACGACCGGCUGCCGCUGAGCGCGCCCGGCGAGGGCGUCCUGGACUUCAUCGGCUUUCGCGCCACCCCGACGCUGGGCAUCCAGGCCAACCGCCUCGCCGAGGACCUCUUCGAGCGCGCCGGCAACGGCACCGGCAAGUGCGUGACGUCGCGGCUGACCCACGCGGCGCUGUCGGUGGCCGGGUACGGGCUGAUGCGGCGGAGCGGCGGCGCGUUCGCGGGGUACCCCGUGGUGGGGCCUCAGCACCGGAUGCAGGCCUCCGGCGGGUGCCUGGUGGGGCCCGAGGACGCGCUGCUGACGGCGUGCCCCUGGGACCCGCGCGUGCGCGCCAGCAGCUUCUUCCACCAGACCACCUUCAGCCUGCCGCUGCGCCGCGCCGCCGCGUUCGUCGCCGACGUGCGCCGCCUGCGGGACCUCAACCCCAAGGCGCUGUGCGGCGUCGAGCUCUACGACGGCAUCCUCAUGCGCUACGUCAAGGCGUCCACGGCGCACCUGGGCAAGCCCGCGCCCACCGGGGACGACGGCGGCGGCGACAUGGUGGACUUCGACAUGACCUACUACCGCAGCCGCGACCCGCGGCGGGCGCGGCUGUUCGAGGACGUGCUGGAGGAGAUCGAGCAGAUGGGCAUCUUCAAGUACGGCGGCCUGCCGCACUGGGGCAAGAACCGCAACCUCGCCUUCGCCGGCGCCGCGCGCAAGUACCCCGGCCUGCCGGAGUUCCUGCGCGUCAAGGACGCCUUCGACCCCGACGGGCUCUUCUCCAGCGACUGGAGCGACAUGGUGCUCGGCAUCGGCGGGGCGUCGCCGACGACGGACGCGCCCGGGUGCGCGCUGGAGGGGAUGUGCGUGUGCUCGCGGGACGAGCACUGCGCGCCGGAGCAGGGAUACGUCUGCCGCCCCGGCAAGGUGUACAAGGAGGCCAGGGUCUGCACCAGGGUGUCGUCGUAGACACUUAGAAUUGGUUAGGCACGCCUGGAAUUCGAUUUUUCUAGAAAUUGAAGCAGAAUUCUCCUCCCGGGAAUUUGGUUGCUUUCUCCAUGAUCCCAAACAGAAUUCGGUUGCCUACUACGAAGUUCAGUUAUGAUUCGGAGUAUGUAUCCUUCAUUCCUUCGUCAAAAAAAAGUAUUUCACCUGUUA